AUGUCCGAGCCUGCACCUCCAGUCUCUGAAUUUGCGCCACUCCCUUGCGCAUCUACAGAAACUUCAGCCAUAAAGGCUGAGAAACCAGAUGGAGGGUCAUCGGGAGAUGCCCCACCGCUCUCCAAAAAUGCUCAGAAAAAGGCGAAAAAGGCGGAGCUGAUGAAAGCUCGGAAGCUCGAACGGCGGAUGCGAGAGAGGGAGGCGCGCAAGGACAAGAAGCGCAAACGAGCCGAGCGCAUCGCCGCCGGGGAAGAGCUCUCGGACCAUGAGCAGGCGAGGAAGCGCGCAAAGGCUGCAGCAGCAGGACCCAAGAAGCCCUUUGACGCCCGAGUGCUCAUAGAUCUCGGCUUUGACGACAAGAUGAGCGACAAGGAAGUUGGAUCCCUCAUAUCUCAACUUUCAUAUUCCUACAGUACGAAUAGGCGCUCGCGAACACCCUUCACUUCUAUCCUGUUCACGUCGCUCAAUGGGCGCACUAAAGCGCGUAUGGACGACAUGAACGACGCUGGCUACCGGCGAUGGGCUGCGACGGAGUGGUGGCAAGGAGAGUUCAAUGACCUAUGGGUUGAGAACGGGCAGCCUGCAGAUCCUGUGGCUAUUGCGCCACAACAGGACGCCGCCGAAGUUCAGGAUGCACAAGAUCCCGACGCGGCGCCAAUGUCAACGCGAGCGAGAGCUCCCAAAGCUUCCGUCGUUUAUCUCACAGCAGAUUCAUCUGACGUAUUGGAAGAGCUGAAAGAAGGAGAGACGUAUAUCAUUGGAGGGAUCUGUGACCAUAACCGCUAUAAGAAUCUGUGUUUGGACAAGGCGAACCACUAUGAAUCUUCCCACGCGUAA